ACCAGGCAUCGUUGUUCCUCAGCCCCAUGGACCCCCUGAGGCAGUCCCCCUCCCCCAGCUCGUCACGGGCCUCCAGCCCGAGGACCCUACCCUGCGAGAUGCUUGGUUACGUGGGCAUCGAGGCCGUGCUGGACCAACUGAAGAUCAAGGCCAUGAAGAUGGGGUUUGAGUUCAACAUCAUGGUCGUUGGACAGAGCGGGCUGGGCAAGUCCACCAUGGUGAACACACUCUUCAAGUCCAAGAUGUGGAAGUCCACCAUGCCGGGCCUGGGGGUGCCCACACCCCAGACACUGCAGCUGCAGUCUGUGACCCACGUCAUCGAGGAGAGCGGCGUGAAGCUUAAGCUGACAGUGACUGACACACCCGGCUUCGGGGACCAGAUCAACAACGACAAGUGCUGGGACCCCAUCCUGGGCUACAUCAAUGAACAGUACGAGCAGUACCUGCAGGAGGAGAUCCUCAUUACCCGGCAGCGACACAUCCCCGACACCCGAGUGCACUGCUGCGUGUACUUCGUGCCGCCCACCGGGCACUGCCUGCGGCCCCUGGACAUUGAGUUCCUGCAGCGGCUCUGCCGGACUGUGAACGUGGUGCCUGUGAUCGCCCGGGCCGACAGCCUGACCAUUGAGGAGCGAGAGGCCUUCAGGCACAGGAUCCAGGAAAACCUGAAGACUCAUGGCAUAGAGGUGUAUCCACAGAAGUGCUUUGAUGAGGACAUCAAUGACAAGAUCCUCAAUAGCAAGAUCCGGGAACGGAUCCCCUUUGCUGUGGUCGGGGCUGACCGAGAGCACAUUGUGAAUGGGAGGUGUGUCCUGGGCCGGAAGACGAAGUGGGGCAUCAUUGAAGUGGAGAACAUGGCUCACUGUGAGUUCCCCCUCCUGAGAGACCUGCUCAUCCGCUCCCACCUCCAAGACCUGAAGGACAUCACACACAACGUCCACUAUGAGAACUACCGCAUCUUCAGACUGAAUGAAAGCCACGUGCUGCCCCGAGGGCCCGGCUGGGUGAACCUGGCCCCAGCCCCGGCCUCUGUCCCUGCCCCCGCUGGCCCCCAGGCCACCCCCGGCCCCCCAAAGGUCGGCUGGUGGGCCAAGGACAACUCAGAUGAGGAAUGCUGA